UCCAGUAAACCAAGAAAAGAAAGAACAGCUUUUAGUAAACAUCAGAUACGAGAUUUAGAGAAGGAGUUUUCCGUCCAUAAUUAUUUGACGAGGUUAAGACGAUAUGAAAUAGCAGUUGCUUUAAAUCUAACUGAAAGACAGGUCAAAGUUUGGUUUCAAAAUCGAAGAAUGAAAUGGAAAAGAGUUAAAGGAGCACAA